AUAUUAUCUGUGAUGAAAAUAUUGACAAUCACUGGCAUUCAACUCGAUCGAUCUCUCGUUUUCGUACAUCUAGUUAUGGCGUAGGAUGAUAAGUGAUAUUGUACAGCUUAUGUAAUUUUUCGUCGAAUAAAUUCAAUAUUAUCAAUUUUAAAAUCCAUAUUCUGGUUAAUUAGCAUCGAGAAAGUGAUUCAUGUAAUUGUAAUUAUUUGGUUAAACUUGCAUCAAAGAAUGCAGUUUUGUUUCAAGCGAUACAUUAUCGGCGUUUUGUGCCGACAUAAAUUUCGACAAGAAAACAGAUCAUACGACAGAAUACAUUCAUCGAUAUUGAGGUUAAACAAAUUCUAUCGCUAUCAAAACCUUGUCAACGUUUGUCAAAGCCACACAAGAACCGAGCCUAAUGUCCAUAUGGUCGACAAGCACUGGACGCAAUUCAGUGUUUGGCGCGGAGGACGGAGCGGUACUCCCCUCCUCGCAUUUGCCGAUACACGUGGCGCGCACACAUCUGCGCAACAUUGACGGCCACUGCUUCCAUAAGCGGUUCCACGAGUGUCAGUCAAAGAUGUCACAAUCAGGAGAUGGCCUUCACACGCCGGGUUAUCUCUCUUGGAGAAAAUUACAACUCAGCCGAGCGAAACUUAAAGCGUCAAGCAAGACGUCUGCUCUACUUUCCGGUUUUGCUAUGGUAGCCAUGGUUGAAGUACAAUUGAAUUCCGAUACGAAAGUACCUUCAGAGAUGUUAAUUGCCUUCGCUGUAUGUACUACUUUGCUAGUCGCGGUUCAUAUGUUAGCUCUAAUGAUAUCAACGUGUAUUUUACCAAAUAUUGAAGCUGUAUGCAAUUUACAUAGUAUAAGUUUGGUACAUGAAUCACCACAUGAACGUUUACAUUGGUACAUCGAAGUAGCAUGGGCAUUUUCCACUUUAUUAGGACUUUUACUAUUCUUAUUGGAAAUUGCUAUACUUUGUUGGGUAAAGUUUUAUGACUUUUCACAAGUGGCCGCUUGGUCUGCUUGUAUCGUAUUAAUACCAGUACUAAUAAUUUUUCUUGCAUUCGCGAUACAUUUUUAUCGAAGUUUGGUAGCUCACAAAUAUGAAGUCACAGUAUCUGGUAUAAGAGAAUUGGAGUUACUUAAAGAACAAAUAGAAUCAACUGAUGUUGAGGGUAGGAAUGGUGUAAAUUUGUUACAAACCGCUGGCGUGACGCAUGUAGUUUGAAUAUAAGAGGCAUGAUUUAUGUUACUUUUAAAAUGUGAUAAUCUUUCAUAAUGGAGGAUGGUGAAUCUCUGCUCAGGCUGCAAUAUAAACUUAUACAUAUUAUAUAUAUUACAAUGCAAGAUAAAAAUUUAUUCAAAAAGUUUGGGAAAAUCCAAAAAUAAUUGUGUAUAUAACAAAUUUAUAUUAGAUGUGAUUUUUGAAUCACAUAAGAGAAUAUUCAAUACUUGAAAAACAUAAUAACUUUGAAAGAAAAUAACUAUUUCUUUCAAUAAGCGAUAUAAUGUAUUCUUCCCUAUAUUUAUCCACAUAGUGAUGAAUUUUACACGUACUGAAAAGUAAUUUUUGAUGAAAGAGUGUGCGCAUGAAAGCCAAACAUUCCUUUUCUCGCAUAGCGACUUAAUCUAUCAAAAUAACAGUAUGCAGUAAUAUUUAUCAUAUAAUUUUCUUUAGUUAUAAUUCAAAAAGCAACAAUUGCGAAUAUAAGUUUAUAUUUUUCAUUGACAAUGCGUGACUAACUCGCGUUGAAUGUACUUAUUAUUUCGUUUAAAAAUAUGCUUCCCGGUAUUAUUCACAAUUUUUACAAUUUUGUUCAUUUAAUUUAUUAUUUUAUAAUCUUAUAAGACGUCCCAUGCUCAAGUGACUUUCAAGUCUUUUACGCGGAGACAAAAUAAUUUCCUAUUUUAUUGUCUCUGUUGUAUUUAUACUUGGUUGUCAAGUUACUGCCGUCGCUGAAAGAGUGGUAAUUAUAUUGUACAUACUUUUUAUUGCGAACAAAUGAUUUGUUGAUAGAAAAAAUAUGCAAAAUUGAAGUACUUUUGCUACAAUAAAUUAUAUAAAUAACAUCGA